GCCUCCCUGAUAAGCAACACAAAAUAUUUCAUUGUCAUUUCACGCAAUCAAUUUCCUCGCAAGGAGUUUAUUUUUGAGAAUAAAAAAUACUUUAAUGGUGCAGAAAGUGUUUACCAAGGUGUAUAAAAGAAAGUUGGCUGACGGCAACGAAACAACAUGGCGUCCACGGAUGCAGAACCGAUGUCACGUUUAUUGAAGCUUGCCAAAGAGUUUAACUGCUUUUAUCUGUCAGGGUUCCAUGCAGGUGAAUGCAGAGCUUUUGUCGUCGAUGGACAACAAGUCGGUCUUGUUCGACCAGACGUGAUGAAAGAAAUCUUGAACUAUCCAGAGGUUUUUCAAGUACAACCAAAAUACGUGCAACUGAACCCAGCAUUUAGAGAUUAUGCAGAAAGAAGUGCGCGCGUAGAUGAAGUCCUUAGAGAAUGGCGAGCAAGUGGGAAAUUCAUCACGUUACGAGGCUGGCGGGAAGAAUGUCAUGAUGUCCGCACACGAUUCAAUACGGCGCCUCUACUCAAAAUGGAUCGUUCUGCAACUUGUUUAUUUGGAAUCCGGAAAUACGGAGUGGACAUUAAUGGAUACGUAAUGGAUCCCAUAAAGGGAUUGUCAAUCUGGCUACAAAAACGCAGUCCCAAUAAACAAACAUGGCCUGGUUACUGGGAUAAUAUGGUGAGUGGUGGAUUGAGUGUAGGCUUUGGGAUUCAUGAAACGGCAGUUAAAGAAGCUGGAGAAGAAGCAAGUAUCCCAGGCAAUCUCAUUGGGAAGCUCAAGAGUGUAGGAUGCGUAUCUCUCUUUUUUGAAAGCGAAAGAGGACUCUUCCCGAAUACUGAAUUCGUCUACGAUCUUGAACUACCACCGGAGUUUGUACCAAGUAACAGUGAUGGAGAGGUAGAAACUUUUGAAUUGCUUCCAGUAAGUGAAUGUUUAGAGAGGGUACUAUCUUCCCACUUUAAGACGACUUCCAUUCCCGUUGUUCUGGAUUUUUUGAUUAGACACGGAUACAUUACUCCAGAAAAUGAGCCUAAUUUUAUCCAAAUCGUGGAACUUCUGCAUGUACCACUGCAAACGAUGUACAACCAGCCACAAAGAAAAAAUAAAAUAGCUGCCAACGGUGAAGCGAACACGGGUCUAUAGAGUCUUUAGGUUACAAAUAGGCACUAAUUUCAAUCAUGCUAAGGCUACAAAUCCAAUAAAAUGAAUAAGCAGUUGUUCUUUUCAUUUCCUUAUAUUUUCAGGGUCCAAAUGUUUGGAUUGUAAUGUUUCUUUUUUGAUCAUAUAUCGCAAGAAAUACUACAUUUAUUAAUCUAGUAUUACUCAAACAUUUUUUUAUACUAAUAGAACAAUUAUAGAUUGUUAACUGCGUAUCCAGGAUCCUGAAAAUUGAAAAUCCAAAUAAGCUUUGAAUAACGUUAAAUAGAAUUUUUAUUUAUUUUUAAUGACUUUACGCCUUAACAUAAUUAUCCAGCUGUUCAGUUAGCUGGAACAGACCUCCGUGUGAUAUUUGUGAGAAAGUAAACAGUUGAAUGCAGCUCUGAGGGUAUUUUGCCGUAACAAGAUUAUAGCUGUGUUUCAACUGAAAUAAGAAAAUCAUGUAUCUAUUGACAAACUUAUUUUUCUUGAAGUUUUUUUCCAUUAAAAAAUAUUUAUUUGUAUAUAAAAAGAUUAAAAACGUCCAAAUUGAAUUUUCUUGAUUUUAAGUUUAUAAUUAAAGCAAGUUGUAUUGAAAUUUGUGUCAUUACUAGAUAUACUGCAGUCGGAACACAGCAGGUCUUAAUUUACAUUAUGACAACUUGCAAUUUAUGUACUUUCAAUUAUUGUGAGAAACGAUAACCAGUCAAACAAGUUUUUAAGAAAGAAUGCAUUGCAACGUAAUGUGAAUCAAGACGCAAUCUUGAAUAUCAAAGUAUUAACACUGCAUUCCGAAAAAAAAUAGAUUUAAUGUGAACAAGUUGCUUUUUAGAAAAUAGAGAAGCCGAUAAACCCUUUCUGGUAAUUGACGUUAAAAUUUGGUGUCGGUAUUUAAUCAGGUUUGAGUCAUCAUUACCGGCAUUAAUUGCACAAAUUCAAGUUAUACUUCAAAAGUCCAUUCGUAGUUUUAUAUGGUUAUAAUGGACUCAAUGCAACUCUUUUGAUACAGUAGAAAAUUAAAGAUUCGAUCCCUUAUGGAAUUCUCUGUUGUACACUAAAAUGGAAUGUAGCAUUUUUAUUGGCCAGACAGUUUUUUGGGAAAGGGAACAAAAAUCUUUAUGUUAUUUAUCGUAGACUAUAUUAGAUAGGUUUUUUUAAUUGAACGAUCAUUGGAAUCAGAGAUUUAAUCGAUGUUGCAUAAUAUCUCUGAAAUGAUUGUAUGUACCUGAGAGCACACAAGUAUUGAUGCGAUGUAAUUGCGUUUUUCUUUUACCAAAAAGAACGUUCAAGUUAUAAUCGUUUAUUAAUCCUGUAUAAUUUACGCACGAUGCAUUCUUCUAAAGAUGUUAAAAUGUAAAUAUAUGAUUUUUUGCAUACAGUUUACCCAUGAUCUUCCUCUUGAGAUACAAUUGGUUUUUUCGUCGUUUCAAUACUUUUGUGCAGCAGGUUUAACGUUUACUUAACCGUACGUAUUAAUUAACGGUACAGAGGUAUUUAUUGUUGAAUAGAUAUGUUGAUGAAAAUGCGGCAAUCUUAGUGAUGAUCAUGAAGUACUAUAAUUCUGUGAAAUACACACAACAAUGUAUUCGAAUGCCCUAGAUACGCCUAAUGAAAUUUCAAUGACAUUUACAAAAUUUGCGAUAUCUGAAAUUAUUAUGAAUUAAUUGAUAAUUAGGAGGAUGCAUAUUGAAAAUGGAAGUAUCUCGUGCUCAUCUACGGAUUCGCCAUUUGAGUGUGGAGGAGAAUCCAGUAAUCUUUUAAUAGACUUCGGAUAGUUUUUAAGUAUGACAUCUUAGCCAAUAUCAUAGAAUAGAUUGCAUAACUUUAGUACUUUUUUAAUGAAACGAAAUACUUGAUGUGCUAGUCACCUUGUGAACAUUAUGUUGUCUAUACACUCGAGUUUCGAUCAGCGAAAGCAAUUAAAAUUCAUUUUGCAAGUAUCUUUUGUUGGGAGGAACUUAAUGUGAUCAUUGCUACAGUCACGGAAAUCGUUGAUUUGAAGGUGUCAUUUCUUUACAUUUGUACAAUACUUGUUAAUUAAGCAUUUUUGUAUUUUAACAAUGUGUUAGUAUAACUGUAUUCAAUGUUUGAAAAUUUGUGAGCAUGUUGAAUUUAUGCCCUGAAUUUGCUACUUGUAUUUGCGCACAAAUACUUUCAUUUACAUCUUCUACAUCAUGGAAAUUUAUGCUGUGGCUUUUGCAGUUUUCAAUAAUUAAUCGUAUUAUUUGUUGUAGUGUCAUCACAAAAGGUAUUCAGAGUAGCAUUGAAGUCUAACAACUCUUAUGGUAUUAACGCUUCAUCAUACUAUGUACUCGAAAAUAGUUAUGUUAUUUGUGAAUGAAAGAAAUUUGUUUGAAAUGCAAAAAUUCUUUCACAAAUCCAAUGUAAAAAUUCUAAAAAUCUGUAUUCUUAUUUCAAUGGUAUUAAUUAUAUGACUUUAAAUGGA